AUGGACUCCACCAGACACAGACACAGCCUUAGCAAACCAGCUUUGGGCAAGCGCCGCAAAGACCGUGUCCCUUGUCCUGCUGAUCACUCGGAGGCCGUCUUUUUCCCCCGACGCUGCACUUUGGCGAGGAGGAAGUCUCCCAGCCGACACAUGCGCCCCAGUGGCCACGAUAACGGAUUGCCGUUGUGCGAUGUCGCUUUGUUCCAGACUGCGGCUAUCGCGAAUUCACUAGCCAACAAGCCAGCAAUAUCCAGAGAGGCAUUGCAACUCAAGGCGGCUUCACGCGCUGCAUCUUUACGAUCUCAAGUCGGUUCAGGACGUUCCGUUAGAUCCAGUACGAGGGAGGCUUAUGAAGCCCUGACAUGGCGGAAUAGACUUAGACAGCAGCCGAAGUCACCUGGAGGACAACAACCUAGUCCCUGCUGCACAUCUUGCUUCACAAAAGAGACUCCUAAGUGGCGAGAAGGUCCUUUCGGGUCACACACACUCUGCAACAAGAUCUUUCGCGCUUCUGGAUCCCAGAGGAGGAUCUGGCAAUUCAACUUCUACUUCGUUACCAUGGGCGAAAUUCAAGGAAAUACCGUCAACAAUGACGGGAUUCAAGCGGCGGAGAAACGAGAUGAUGCCGUCUCUAACACAGUAUCCCUCAAAGACGAGUCAAUUCUCGAAAAGGCACGACUUCUAGGUGCCACACCAGAUGAAAUCGUCGAAGCGGAAGAGCAUGGCCGCACACUCGACCUGGCGGAAGCCAAGAAGCGCGCCGAAACUCUCGUCUACUUCCACGAACAUGAUCCCAACUUCAGCAAAGAGUCGAUUGUGCGUUUGAUAUCAUUCGUCAACAACACCGAACUCUUCCAGAAUCCAGACGAACACGCAGACGCCAUCGCCGACAUCAAGACAGAAAUCUCCCUCGUCACCAUCAACUCCCCCUACGCCGAAGUCCGCGCCGUAGUCAGCAACAAAGACGACCCGUCAACACCAGCCGGCACGAUCCGCGCCUGGUGCAUCGGCUUGUUCUUCGUCGUCCUGCAAAGCUUCGUCAACCAGCUCUUCUCGGUGCGACAGCCGACGAUUCGUCUGCAGGCGCCGGUCAUCCAGCUUCUUUCGUUCCCGCUUGGUAAGGCGUGGGAGAAAUGGAUGCCCGUUGGCAAGUUCACGCUUUUUGGAUCUGAGUUACUUUUGAACCCUGGAAAGUUCAACCAGAAGGAGCAUAUGUUGAUCUCGAUCAUGGCGAACGUCUCGACGAGCUUGCCGCAUUCUCGAUAUAUCAUCUUUACCAGCUGGCUGAAGAAGUACUUCGAUCUGCCAUUCGCGGCUGAUUUCGGCUUCCAGAUUUGUCUUUCUCUGGCUAUGAAUCUACUGGGCUUUGGCCUCGCUGGAUUGGCGCGACGAUUCCUGGUAUAUCCGUCAUUCUGCAUUUGGCCUCGAUCCCUUGCCACAGUCGCUCUCAACCAGAGUUUGCACAACGAUUCCGGAAACAGCAGCGUUCUGGGUCCCUUUAAGAAGAUGUACAGCAUGACACGAUACCGAUUCUUCAUGAUCGCCUUUGCCUCCAUGUUCGUUUGGUUCUGGUUCCCCGACCUCAUUGUCUCAGCCCUCUCGCUGUUCAACUGGCUUGCUUGGAUCUCGCCCAACAACUUCAACUUGACUGCCAUCACUGGCGUUUCUAAGGGUCUCGGCUUCAACCCUCUUCCAACCUUUGACUGGAACAUUGCCACGUAUUACAUUGAUCCGCUAUUGGUUCCCUUCCACGUCACUGUCAACAUGUUUCUUGGUGCUGCGUUGGGUGGAAUCACUAUCAUCGCUAUGUACUGGAAUAACACCUACAACACUGGUUACCUCCCCAUCAACACAAACACUAUGUUUGACAACACGGGAGGCAAGUAUAAUGUGUCUUCCAUUCUAGAUGACCGCGGGUUGCUGGAUGCAGAGAAAUACCAGGCUUAUAGCCAGGUCUAUAUCGCUGCCUCGUCAGUGACAUUUUACAUCUACUUCUUCGCCGUAUACAGUGCAGUCAUCUCCUAUGCUGCUCUCUAUCACUGGAACGACAUCAAGCUAGGCUUUGUCUCAUUGUGGGAGAGUUUCAAGAAGAACAGCAAGGUCAACGAGUUCAAGGAUGUUCACACAAGACUCAUGGAGAAGUAUCAAGAGGUUCCAGAAUGGUGGUAUCUGAUUCUAAACGUCGUGGGAGUUGCUUUCGGAAUCGCCUCUGUUGCAGCCUGGCCUACCAACACCAGCGUCGGCACUGUCUUCUUUGGUCUUGCUCUUGCAAUCAUCUUCACCAUCCCAACUGGUAUCAUCUAUGCUACGACGGGCAUUGAGGUCGAAUUCAACGUGCUAGCCGAGUUUAUCGGAGGAGCAUGGCAACCUGGAAAUGCCUUGGCAAUGAACUUCUUCAAGGGCUUUGGAUACGUGACAGUAGCUCAUGCGCUCGACUUUUCCAAUGACCUGAAGCUCGGCCAUUACCUCAAGAUUCCUCAGCGUCAGACCUUUUGGUGCCAAACUGUUGCGACUAUUGUUUCCGCCAUUGUCUGCACAGGCGUCAUGAACUUCCAGAUCCUCAACAUCCCCGAUAUUUGCGAGUCCACUCAGAAAGAUCGCUUCACUUGCCCUGGUGUUGAGUCUUACUUCACCGCAGCAGUACUCUUUGGCUCGCUCGCACCCCAAAGAGUCUUUGGCCAAGGUGGUCUCUACACAGCCCUCCUUGCAGCUUUCCCUGUCGGACUGGCCUUCCCAGUUGUGUACUACUACGCCACCCGCAGGCUCCCCAAGACUCACUGGCUCACCAAGAUCCAUCCUGUUGUGAUUUUCAGUGGUGGUCAUAUCUGGUCGCCGUACAACCUGGCCUACGUCUGGCCCGCAGUCAUCCCCGGCUGGAUCUCCUGGGUCGUCGUCCGAAAGAGGUAUCUUGCGUUCUGGGCAAAGUACAACUACGUCCUGUCAGCAGCCUGGCAGACUGGUAUUGCCCUUGCUGCACUUGUGAUAUUCUUCACUGUUAGCUACCACGGUGCUUCAAUCAAUUGGAUCGGCAACCAUGCCGAUAGUGGCUGUGAGGCGGAUGUCUGCACGAGACUCAAGGUGCCGGAGGGGGAGAUCUUUGGACCGUCGCCGGGAACUUUUACGUAA